CGCUGACACUCUCUCUCCUCUUUGCUUUCUUCUCGAUCAUCGGCGGUAGUCAUGUCGGAGAAAGGAGGCAAAGGGUUCAAAUCAUCUCUCAAGUCCACUUAUGGGUCCGGCAAGGACGAUAACACAACCAAGUCCAAGAAGACAAGGAAAGUCCAGUUUGAUCCUCAAGGCCCACGAGAGUCCAAGUAUACGUUUCUUCAAGACUCUGAUGACCAGAUUCAUGGUUCUUCUGCUAAAGGUGGGAAGGGAAGCAAGGCUAGGAAGAGUAACCUGUCUAAAGAGUCUCAGCCGCUUGAGCUUAAGACUGAUAAGGAGCUUCCUGAGAAUGCAAAGUGCUUGAUGGACUGUGAAGCUUUUGAGAUGCUACAAGACAUCAAGGAACAAAUGGCUGUGCUAUCUGAAGAUCCUAGCAUAAAGCUUCCUUUGUCUUUCGACAGAGGACUGGAGUAUGUGAAGUAUGGUCGUUGCUACACCAAUCCUCAAUCUGUCAGGAAGAUCCUUGAGCCUCUUAAAAAGCAUGGUGUCUCUGAAAGUGAGAUGUGUGUGAUUGCUAAUACCUGUCCAGAAAGCAUUGAUGAAGUCUUUGCUUUUGUUCCAUCCUUGAAGGGAAGAAAAGACAAGAUCAGUGAGCCGUUAGAAGAGGCAUUGAGGAAGCUCUCCAAGCUCAAAAGAUCUGCUUAAGGAAGUAAUCCAAGCUGGUUUAGCCGUAGUAGUAAGGAUGUUUGGGUUGGGUUUAGGGGUUUAUGGGCAUUAAAAUGCAUCUAAGUAAGAUCGGUGUUGUUGUAAAUGAUCUAAUGCUAUGACAGCAAACAUUUGAUGUAAGUUUUUAAUCGGUUUCUUUCUCAAAACUAAUACAAUGCUACGGAAUGUUCUUAAAUCAUGGAGGACAG